GAUUAGAAUAGAACAGCAUCAAUCAGCUGUUUGUUUUUCUCCGUUUCUUCUAGUUUUUUCUCGCAUUGUGAGACAACGUUAUUAAUUCAUUUCAAUUUCGUUUACUUUCAAAUCGUGAGCUUCUAUAACAAAUAUCAGGAUGUCCUCAGCCGCCUUGGAAAAUCUGGAAACGCAGCUUGAAAUGUUCAUCGAAAAUGUCAGGCAAAUCCGAAUUAUUGUUAGUGAUUUCCAGCCACAGGGGCAAAGUGUUUUAAAUCAGAAAAUUCAAUCUUUGGUAACUGGGCUUCAGGAAGUGGACAAGCUGAAGUCUCAAGUUGGCGACAUACAUGUGCCUACAGAGGUAUUUGACUACAUAGACCAGGGUCGGAACCCGCAGCUGUACACCAAGGACUGCAUCGACAAGGCCCUCGCCAAGAAUGAGGAGGUGAAGGGAAAGAUCGACUCCUACAAGAGAUUCAAGAGCAAUCUCCUCUCGGAACUGUCCAAGACUUUCCCCAAUGAAAUAGCCAAGUACAAGGCUAUCCGAGGUGGUGAAUGAAUAUGUAGGAUAAGGUUUAGAUGUUAAGGUUUGAUAUUCUGUAAGACAGUUUUUGGAAAUGAUUAUUUAAACAUACUAGUUUAAGCAAAACUGAUGAUUUUUAAGCUCAAAUUAUUAUGUUCUUUUACAAGGAAUACAGUUUGGUUUUUUAUUUACUUAUAAAUAAAUCGGAAAAUAAUAAUUCA